AAUCGUAUUGAAUCAUCGAAUGAAUCAACAUAAAUUUUAAUGUUCAAUGUUUAUUUGAAAUUUUCAGCUUUACAGAUAUUUCGGAUUAAUAAUGGCUAGUGAACAAAAAGAGCAGCAUCAAGUGAAAGAUCAAAGCAGUGUGAUUCGGGAAAAACUUACUGAACGUAUUCAACAAUUGGAAAAAGGUGACAAUGAGAAUUUUGGCGAGAAAUUGUCAGAUGUAAACGCUCUCCUUAUUUCUGCAAAUCACCGAGAUGUUCAACAAGUAACCAAUCAUAUGAAUCUAGCCCGUCUGUUUGAUCGAUUUAAUUCUUUGUCAGUCGAUGAUGAACUAUUCACCGAAGAAUUACUUUGUGUAUUUGGCAUGUUCUUAGAAUCAUUACCACUUAAUGACAUUUUUGUCAAAUAUAAUGAUCAGAUCCUUCAAGGUCUUCAAUCGUCGAACAUGACUAUCUGUAAUAUAUGGAUACAAAAAGUGGUCAAACCAUUAUUCACUAAUGAAGGAUUAAUGAAAAAUAUUUCAAAAAGUUCGAUUAGUAUUAUCCCAAUAUUGACAGCUGUUAUCGAAUUAUUGCCUAACCCAAGUACAUCGAUUGCUUCUGCUUCGCAUGAUAUUUGCGUGAUCACCGCUAAAAUAUUUCGUCAGGAAUUUUUUUCUCCGCAAGUUCUUGACUGUUUGAAAGGAUUAAAAACUAAAAAUUUUCAAACAGAAAAAGAAGCCGAGCAAUUCUUGAUACGAUUCUACGAACUUAUUGUUGAUAUCGCUGCAAGCAGUCAACUAUUACUUGACAUGCUAGAAGCAAGUGGUUUGCUUAAAAAAAUGGUUGAAGAAUCACAGCAAAAAAUCAAUAGCGAUCCAUUGGUUGCUAUGAAUUUUAUUAAAAUACUUACAGAUCUUGCAUCAAAGCCUCAUGGUUUGGAAUUUGUAAAAAAUUCUACAGAUCUUUUACCUUUGAUGGGUAAAAAGAUUGAAACUAUUGAUACAGAAGACUUGUUAGGAUCGUUGAUUUUGCCUGGCUGCAUAAAUUUUUUCAUUCGGAUUGCUCAAACAAACAUGUCCAUAUUAUUGAACGAAUAUCCUCAAGUAUUGAAUAAAUUGACUGAAUAUUGUCGCCAACAACGAGCUGGUAACCCCGAGCUUCAAUUGCUUGCAAUUGAAUCAGUCGCAUUUCUUUGUCAAUCAAAUGAAGGCAAAUCUAGUUUAGCCGAUCGAAUGUCAAUUUUCUUGGAUACAAUCGUUAUGAUGGUCAAUGGAAGCCAUAAUGAUUUGAAAAGUCGCGCAAUCAUUGCUUUGAACGAAAUCAUGCAGGUUAAUGGAAAUGAUCCUGGCAAUAAAGCGACAGAAUUGACAAAAAUCUGGUACGUUCAUUUAGAUUCAUCUGACUGUGGAUUGGAUAGAUUCAUGAAGUUUGUGCUCGAACCUUUCAUCGAUGUUCGGAUUCCAGCCAUCAAUUUUAUCCGAAUACUUGCCACGUCACUUUGGGGUCAAAAAUUGCUGUCUGAAUAUCCUGGAUUCCUCGAUUAUCUACUUGAUCGUAGCACUGAGACUUGUAAAGAAGGUCGUGAUGCUAAAUUUGAAAUCGUCUGUGAAUUGGCCAUGUCUCCUUUUGUCCGCAUUUCGUUUCCACCUGAAUCGGUUUUACGAAUUCGUGGAUAUUUAAAAGAUGGGCCAAUCAACAAAGAAGUUAAUGUUGCACUCGGUAGUGCAUAAAUCAAUUUUUUGUGCUUUUUUGUAUAAAUAUAUUUUUUUUAUUAUGGGAAACAAUAAAAUUUAAAUUCUAUAUUCAC